AUGCUGAGAAGCCUUUCCCUGACUGUGCUGAUUCUGGCGCUGGCCGAGUCCCAGGACACCGAAGAGACCAUCACGUACACGCAAUGCACAGACGGCUAUGAGUGGGACCCUGUGAGACAGCAGUGCAAAGAUAUCGACGAAUGUGACAUCGUCCCAGAUGCUUGCAAAGGGGGAAUGAAAUGCGUCAACCAUUACGGCGGGUACCUCUGUCUGCCGAAAACAGCUCAGAUCAUUGUCAACAAUGAACAACCUCAGCAAGAAAUACCAGCCAGCCCAGAAGGUGCCAACACGGGGACAAAUGCAGCCGCUGUCCCGGGCCCAGCCACCGGAGGAGGAGGAGCAGCGUCCGCCACAAGCAUGGCCACCAGCGCGGUGGUGCCCGGAGGUGGUUUUGUCGCUAGCGCUGCAGCAGUCAUAGGCCCUGAUGUGCAGACUGGCCGGAACAACUUCGUCAUCCGGAGGAACCCGGCUGACCCUCAGCGAAUUCCCUCCAACCCGUCUCACCGCAUCCAGUGCGCCACAGGCUACGAGCAGAGCGAGCACAAUGUCUGCCAAGAUAUCGACGAGUGUGCGGCGGGCACGCACAACUGCAGGGCCGACCAGGUGUGUAUCAAUCUGCGCGGCUCCUUCACCUGCCAGUGCCAGCCGGGGUAUCAGAAGCGAGGGGAUCAGUGUGUGGACAUAGAUGAAUGUGCCACCCCUCCAUACUGCCACCAAAGAUGUGUGAACACGCCAGGCUCGUUUUAUUGCCAGUGCAGCCCCGGGUUUCAGUUGGCUGCGAACAACUACACCUGCGUAGAUAUAAAUGAAUGCGACGCCAGCAAUCAGUGCGCUCAGCAAUGCUACAACAUCCUUGGUUCCUUCAUCUGCCAGUGCAAUCAAGGCUACCAGCUGUCCAGUGACAGGCUCAACUGCGAAGACAUAGAUGAGUGCAGAACCUCCAGCUAUCUGUGUCAAUACCAGUGUGUCAAUGAACCUGGGAAAUUCUCAUGUAUGUGCCCCCAGGGAUACCAGGUGAUAAGAAGUAGAACGUGUCAGGAUAUAAACGAGUGUGAGACCACAAACGAAUGUCGAGAGGAUGAAAUGUGUUGGAAUUAUCAUGGCGGCUUCCGUUGUUACCCACGAAAUCCUUGCCAAGAUCCCUACAUUCUAACAGCAGAAAACCGAUGCACGUGCCCAGUUUCCAAUGCUGUGUGCCGAGAGCUCCCCCAGUCCUUAGCGUACAAGUACAUGAGCAUCCGGUCUGACAGGUCUGUGCCUUCGGACAUCUUCCAGAUACAGGCCACGACCAUUUACGCCAACACCAUCAACACUUUUCGGAUUAAAUCUGGAAAUGAAAAUGGAGAGUUCUACCUAAGACAAACGAGUCCUGUCAGUGCAAUGCUGGUGCUGGUGAAGUCGCUCUCGGGACCAAGGGAAUACAUCGUGGACCUGGAGAUGCUGACGGUCAGCAGUAUAGCAGCUUACCGCACAAGCUCGGUGUUAAGAUUGACAAUAAUCGUGGGGCCAUUUGCAUUUUAG